GGGGGCGUUUGACACAUUAAAACAUAUUUACUACGUGAUAGCAUGUCGGGAGCAUCUGAUUUUUUGAGCAAGGGGAUUGAUUUAGUGCAAAAGGCGAUUGAUGCCGACACAGCUACCCGAUACGAGGAAGCAUACAAGUUGUAUUACAAUGGGUUAGACUAUUUAAUGUUGGCAAUCAAGUACGAGAAGAACCCCAAAUCUAAGGAGCUAGUCAAGUCUAAAUUCACCGAGUACUUGACUCGGGCAGAGCAAUUGAAAGAUCAUUUGGAAAAGCAACAGAAUAAGCUGAACUCGGCCGAGAGUUCAAGUAAUGGAUCGACCAAGGCCGCAAAGAAGGAUGGCGCUGGUGGAGGCGAUGAAGAUGAUGCCGAUACCAAGAAGUUACGAGGGGCAUUGGCCGGGGCUAUUCUUUCAGAAAAGCCUAAUGUUAGUUGGUCAGAUAUUGCCGGGUUGGAUGGUGCCAAGGAAGCAUUGAAGGAAGCAGUUAUCCUUCCUGUCAAGUUCCCCCAGUUGUUUGUUGGUAAUAGAAAACCAACUUCGGGGAUCUUGUUGUAUGGUCCUCCUGGUACUGGUAAAUCUUAUUUAGCCAAAGCCGUGGCUACUGAGGCCAAUUCGACAUUUUUCAGUGUCUCUUCGUCAGAUUUGGUUUCUAAAUGGAUGGGUGAAUCAGAAAGAUUGGUCAAACAGUUAUUCACCAUGGCCAGAGAAAACAAACCUUCGAUUAUCUUUAUUGAUGAAGUCGAUGCCUUAUGUGGACCUAGAGGUGAAGGAGAAAGUGAAGCCCUGAGAAGAAUCAAGACGGAAUUAUUGGUGCAAAUGAAUGGGGUGGGUAAUGACUCGCAAGGGGUGUUGGUUUUAGGGGCCACUAAUAUCCCAUGGCAAUUGGAUGCCGCUGUUAGACGUAGAUUUGAACGAAGAAUUUACAUCCCCUUGCCCGAUGUUGAAGCUAGAACAAGAAUGUUUGAGAUUAAUAUUGGUGAAGUUCCUUGUGAAUGUACUCCACAUGAUUUAAGAACAUUGGCUGAAAUGACGGACGGUUAUUCCGGUCAUGAUGUUGCCGUGUGUGUUCGAGAUGCAUUGAUGCAACCAAUUCGUAAGAUUCAGCAGGCAACUCAUUUCAAACCGGUUAUUGACGAAGAUGGCAAGGAGAGAUUAACUCCAUGUUCUCCAGGAGACGAAGGAGCACGAGAAAUGAAUUGGAUGGAAAUUGGCACCGACGAAUUGAAGGAGCCUCCGUUGACAGUUAAAGAUUUUAUAAAGGCAGUUAAGAAUAAUAGACCAACAGUUAAUGAGGCCGAUAUUGCUCAACAUGUCAAGUUUACUGAUGAUUUUGGACAAGAGGGUAAUUAAGAGUGUUUUUACUUUUUGCAUAUAUUUCAGUUCUUUUGUAAAAUUAAACAAGAUUGAUACAAU